GCGCACACUCAGUCCGGCCCGGUUGGUGCACCUCCCACCUAGGUCCUCCAGCCCCAGCGGGUGUGCUCGCGGGGGAAACAGAGGCAGGGAGCGUGUUUGUGAGCUCGUUCCUUCCUCAGUUCACACCCCACGGCCCGCAAAGCUGCCCUGCCCUCCUGAGACCCGCAUGGAAUAGCAGGGAAGGACGGGAGGAAGGGAAGGGGCCGAAAGCAAGCAGGCUCUGAGGAGUCGGCCGGUUCUGCCACACUCAAGAUGGCGGCGCGGCAGCGGCGAGGUCCCUCAGAGGCGGUACCGGCGCAUGCGCAGCGCGGAGUCCCGGCCCGGGACACAAGAUGGCGGCAGCGGCGCUGGGGAGGGCGAGGCGGAGGCGGCAAAACGGGAGGUCGAGCAGAACGUGUAGCCGCGUCCCCUCCAGUCCGCUCCGGGCAGUUGCUGAUGCGAGGAGGUCCCUGGGCCCCCGUUCACUCCACUGCUGACCCGGCCACCCACCUGUGCUGAGCCUUCCUGCAGGCCUCCCCCUGCCUCUGUUGGACCCUGUGACGUGGGGGUCCACCUGGUUGGAGAAGAAAACCCUCUCAUGCUAGCAUUGCAGACCCCAGAGGGUGAGAAAAAGAGGGACCUUGUCCAGCCUUGAGACCUGUGGGCUCAGCCCCAAGGCAUCGGGAAUCCCUCCUACCCAGAGAAUCAAGCUUUUUCUCCCCUUGACAUCUAUGACUGAGUGUACAAUAAAAUUAAUGUCCCAGUGAUUCCUAUGAUGUCGUCAACAGCCAAUCAGAGCUUCUGAUCAGCAUGAGAUAAUCAGUGUGACCACAAGGAGUUGAUAAAAUGUCAGCAAGCAAAGAUAACUGAUGGUUAAACAUGGCUUCGUGCUCUUUUUGUGGGUCCGGUGUGGGUGCGGAGAUGGCCAAUGAGAAUCACGGCAGCCCCCGGGAGGAAGCGUCCCUGCUGAGUCACUCCCCGGGCACCUCCAAUCAGAGCCAGCCCUGUUCUCCAAAGCCCAUCCGCCUGGUGCAGGACCUCCCAGAGGAGCUGGUGCACGCGGGCUGGGAGAAGUGCUGGAGCAGGAGGGAGAACCGUCCCUACUACUUCAACCGAUUUACCAACCAGUCCCUGUGGGAGAUGCCUGUGCUGGGCCAACAUGACGUGAUUUCGGACCCUUUGGGGCUGAAUGCGACCCCACUGCCCCAAGACUCCAGUUUGGUGGAAACCCCCCCGGCUGAGAACAAGCCCCGAAAGCGGCAGCUCUCGGAAGAGCAGCCAAGCGGCAAUGGUGUGAAGAAGCCCAAGAUUGAAAUCCCUGUGACACCCACGGGCCCAUCGGUGCCUAGCUCCCCCAGUAUCCCAGGAACCCCAACACUGAAGAUGUGGGGAACAUCCCCUGAAGAUAAACAGCAGGCGGCUCUCCUCCGGCCCACCGAUGCCCCAAGGGUGUACUGGGAUCUGGACAUCCAGACCAACGCGGUCAUCAAGCACCGGGGGCCUUCAGAGGUGCUGCCCCCGCACCCCGAGGUGGAGCUGCUGCGCUCCCAGCUCAUCCUCAAGCUUCGGCAGCACUAUCGGGAGCUGUGCCAGCAGCGAGAGGGCAUCGAGCCCCCUCGAGAAUCCUUCAACCGCUGGAUGCUGGAGCGCAAGGUCGUGGACAAAGGCUCUGACCCCCUGUUGCCGAGCAACUGUGAACCGGUCGUGUCGCCCUCCAUGUUUCGCGAAAUCAUGAAUGACAUUCCCAUCAGGUUAUCCCGAAUCAAGUUCCGGGAGGAAGCCAAGCGCCUGCUCUUUAAAUAUGCAGAGGCUGCUAGGCGGCUCAUCGAAUCCAGGAGUGCGUCCCCCGACAGCAGGAAGGUGGUCAAAUGGAACGUGGAGGACACCUUCAGCUGGCUGCGGAAGGACCACUCUGCCUCUAAGGAGGACUACAUGGACCGCCUGGAGCAUCUGCGGAGGCAGUGUGGCCCCCACGUCUCCGCCGCGGCCAAGGACUCCGUGGAGGGCAUCUGCAGUAAGAUCUACCACAUCUCCCUGGAGUAUGUCAAACGGAUCCGAGAGAAACACCUGGCCAUCCUCAAGGAAAACAACAUCCCAGAGGAGGUGGAGGCCCCAGAAGUGGAGCCCCGCCUGGUGUACUGUUACCCGGUCCGGCUGGCCGUGUCUGCGCCCCCCAUGCCCAGCGUGGAGAUGCAUAUGGAGAAUAACGUGGUCUGCAUCCGGUAUAAGGGGGAGAUGGUCAAGGUCAGCCGCAACUACUUCAGCAAGCUGUGGCUGCUUUACCGCUACAGCUGCAUUGACGACUCUGCCUUUGAGCGGUUCCUGCCCCGAGUCUGGUGUCUUCUCCGACGGUACCAGAUGAUGUUUGGCGUGGGCCUCUACGAGGGGACAGGCCUGCAGGGAUCGCUGCCCGUGCACGUCUUUGAGGCCCUCCACCGGCUCUUCAGUGUCAGCUUUGAGUGCUUCGCCUCGCCCCUCAACUGCUACUUCCGCCAGUACUGCUCUGCCUUCCCAGACACAGAUGGCUACUUCGGCUCCCGCGGGCCCUGCCUGGAUUUUUCCCCGCUGAGUGGUUCCUUUGAGGCCAACCCUCCGUUCUGCGAGGAACUCAUGGAUGCCAUGGUCUCUCACUUUGAGAAACUGCUCGAGAGCUCCCCGGAGCCCCUGUCCUUCAUCGUGUUUAUCCCGGAGUGGCGAGAACCCCCCACACCGGCGCUCACCCGCAUGGAGCAGAGCCGCUUCAAACGCCACCAGCUGGUCCUGCCUGCCUUUGAGCACGAGUACCGCAGUGGCUCCCAGCACGUCUGCAAGAAGGAGGAAAUGCACUACAAGGCCGUCCACAACACGGCCGUGCUCUUCCUACAGAACGACCCUGGCUUUGCCAAGUGGGGGCCGACGCCCGAGCGGCUGCAGGAGCUGAGCACCGCCUACCGGCAGUCAGGCCGCAGCCACGGCUCCAGUUCCUCGUCGUCUUCCUCCGAGAACAAGGACCGGGACUCUGGCCGCGAGCAGGGCCCCAGCCGCGAGCCUCACCCCACUUAACACAUCCUGCGGGGAGGAGGAGCCCCAGGGUGCUGGUACGGACUGCUGGGACUUGGGCCUCUUGGGGCUGAGCAGACCCCAGGACCCUCCCCCUGAGGUGGCAGCAGGGCUCAGGCUGCCAGUGACAUAGGAAGAUUAUGGCUCUGCCAGGGCUCCCCCUCCCUGCCCGAUCCCCUGACUCCUCACCUCAAACUUGCUCCAGCUCCCGUGUAAAUAGGCCCCAUCCCUUCCCUUCCUACCCACCCCCACCCCCUCACCCAUACCGUCUUAUUGCCACCUCGUUUCAUUUGUAAAAGGAAAUACAGAAGCCUCCCUAA